GUCGGGAGAAGGGUUAAACCAUUAUAAACAGGAUCCAGGAGUCGAAAGUUCCGCGGCGCGAAACACAUGUCGACAUGCGUUGUGUUUUUUUGGUAAAAAAGAGCGCCGGGAUUUGACUGUGAAAAAUUAAAGGGUCAAAAUGAGUCAAUAAUACAUUCCAGGUGUUUUUGUUACGUGAAUAAACAAGAAUCAACCAGAUUGGCAAGAGGAUUGCGCACGAAGGGCAAAGAUAACGUUGGAAUACGGCGGGAAUACAUUCCUGGUUUGGCCUUUGGGUAACAUCAGCUAUCGCUGCUUGAAGACAGAAUAGUAUUUUAAGUACUUCAACUCGGGUUCAUCAGGUGAAGCUGAGAUAAUCACAUUUUAGUGCCUUGAUUUUGGCUGAGAUCGCUUCUGGAUCUCCACUUUUUUGGCUUUUGGAUCAAGAAAUAUUAAAAUCAGAAUGUGCUGAUGUUGUGUUUGGAAACCUCGGCGGCGCCGGUGUUAAUUUUAAUCGUUUGCUUCAAAUGACUCCGUUCUUACAAUUCGAUGUUUCCAGAGUACAGUCGUGAUCGCGUUUGAUCUUCCAAACUACACCAGUAUCCACUACAAUAAUGAGCCAAGCUAAUACUUUUGGCGGGAAUCAAUCGGACGAGGAAGAUGAUAACGAAGAGUUCGUGUACGGAGGCCGUUCGGCGUUAGUUUUAGUAAUCGAUUGUGCGGAAGAAAUGUUCGUUGAUAGCGAUAAUGGAAAGUUUAAGGAAACGCUCGAUAUUGCGGAUGCGGUUAUGCGGAAUAUGGUAACCAGCAACGAGAAGGAUCUGGUGGCUCUGGUCCUGUACAACGUUCAGCACAAUCGAACACCACCGGAAGAUGAUGAUGAUGAUGGAAAGCAAUCUUCAUCCGGAAUCGUUGCUCCUCGACAGUGUGCGAUCUUUUUGCACCUAGACACCGUAUCUGUGGAAAUGAUCAAAAAGGUGCGUCGUUUGCGAGAUUCGGACGAUUUCGAGGGCUUUGAACAUAAAUACGGCCACACGUCGGGAACAAGCCUAGCGAACGUGCUGUGGCUAUGCACCCGGAUGUUCACCCAUUGCGGAUACAAGCUCGAACAUUCGACAAUUUUCCUGUUCACCAUGAACGAUCAGCCGCACACCAACAAUAGCAGCGAACAUCAGCAAUCGCUAACGAAAGCAAGGGAUCUGCUGCAAAAGGACAUCACAAUAAUGCUGCUACCGAUGGUGGAGUCGUUUGAUUGCAGCAAAUUCUAUACUGAAUUUCUCUGCACCGCUCUCGGCGAGGACGAAGAAGAUUUCCACCCGCCCGGUUACCAGGAAUGUAAAGAACAGCUACUGCAAAGAAUGUUUACAAAAGAUUUCAAAAAGCGAUCCCUCGCACACCUUAAGUGGUAUCUUUCGAAAGAUAUCGCUCUGGCAGUUAACAUCUAUUCAUUCACAAGAAAACCCCGAUUCCCGAAGAAAGUGAAGCUACUGCGCUCUACCAACGAGAUAGUAGAGUCGAAGCGUGUUCAUAUAGCGACGAGUUCUCUCGAAGACGGUGAACCAGAUACUAGCACCUCCACCACUUUGCUACCUGGAGAUCAGAGAAAAUGUAUUUCACUCGGUGGCGAAUCGAUAUCGUUCCGACCAGAAGAGAUGAAUCUCAUGAAGCAGAUCCUAACUCCGGGUAUUCGACUGCUCGGUUUUAAACCUGCCUCCAUCGUUACGAUCACUAAUCACGUACGGAGCAGCCUGUUCGUGUACCCGGAUGAGGCACACAUUCACGGCUCGACGGUCUUGUUGCGAACGCUCUAUGAAAAGUGUCUAGAGAGGAACCAAGUUGCUUACUGCAUCCUCACCGUACGACGGAAGCAACCUUCCAAACUUGUGGCCCUGGUACCUCAGAAGGAAGCUCUCGAUACUAAUGGUGAACGUUACCGCCAGGCUGGAUUUCGAGUUGAGUUUAUACCGUACGCCGCGGACAUUCGAAAUUUAGCUUUUUUGGAGGAGGCCGAAGCACCGACGAUAUCGACGGAGCAGGUUGAUGUGUUUAAAAAGGUGAUUAAAAAGAUAAAAUUCAAGUAUAACCCAUUUCUCUUUGAGAAUCCUUCAUCCCAAAACCUGUACAUCAACCUUGAGUCACUGGUUUUCGAUAUAGAAAAUGCCGAAUUUUUCGAUUCAACGCGACCUGAUAAUGAUAUGAUCGAUAAAAAGUUAGAAGCCCUUGCCGGCGAGAUAAGCAACAUGUUCACCGAGGACGUAACGCGAGCACCCGCGAAGCGUGGCCGUAAAGGCGCAGACGAUGACGGAGAUGGUGAUGGAAUUGUCUCGACAUCAAAAAGUGCCCGUUCUUCUCGCUCAUCAAAAUAAACUAAGCUGAAAUCUUGCACUUGAAAUGGCAUGGAGGUAAAUUGA